UGAACCGCUCCCCUGAUGCUGCUGUGUGCUGUGUCCUGUCUAGGGGCUGCUCAGAGCUGUGUGCCUCUACCCAAGGCCAACCCCUGGGUGCAGGUAGAGGAGAUGCCCGUAGGCUGCUGGACCAGCUUCCUGACCUCCGGCAACGAGGAGGUGCACAUCCUCAACAUCCAGCCCGGCCCGAGUGGUAUGUUCUGUCUGAACAUGACCAUGGCCGGGCCCAUGAAGGUCAUCCUCACCUCGAGCUCCCCUGCUGCGAGCCAUGUGCUCUUGGCACUGAACAAGGACGUCAACAUCUACGUUGGCAACAAUUCCACCAUGACUUUGAUGAUGCAUAAGGACCAAACCCAUAUGAUUGACCUGCCGACAGAUCUGGGGCAGCUGGUCAACUGGGCCACACAGAACUUUGGGGGCGUGACCUCGCUGACCGCCAUCCGAAACCCGGGGAACAUCGCCUACACUGGGAGAGCAGGCACCGGGCUGGGCUCCAGAGACUGCGUCCUGAAGCACGAAGACCCGUCGCUGAAGCCCUUCACGGAGCAGCAGCCCUUCAUGGAGCCGCAGCCGAAGCCGCAGUCCGCCCUGGUGUCCUGCUUCGUGGACGCCCCCGGCGAAAGGGAGAUCCACAUCAUCAACAUCCCAGACAGCGCCAGUCCCCGCAACGUGUCGGUUCGCGUGGACACAGAGAAGGCCAUUAGUCUGUUCCUGAGAGGCCCCCAAGGGACAUUAUGGAGCUUCGGCAAACUCCCACCGUUCCAGUUUGGAUCCACCAACGAAAUCUGGCUGACUGGCAACUUCAACCACAAACUGAACAAGUCAGUCACGUUGACCAAUGACAGUGCCCUGGCUGUGCAGCAGAAGGCCCUCGACUAUUUCAAGGCUAAAUCGUUCACCAGCUACUCCGAAAUCCAGGGAGAGGGAUCUAUGAUCCCGUUACUGCUGAUACUGAAAGACUAUUCGCCAGCCAGUCGAGAUCCGGUCGUUCCCGCCGUCACCACCAGCCCGCCCCACAUGCCCCUGCUGAUGCAGCUGUACAGCGCCCCGGACUACCGCCUACCCCUCGAGCCAAACACCAAGGUGCAGAGCGACAAGAGGAUCUACGCAGAGAUCUCGGAGAAUACGUUGGGCGACAUCAAGCUUACCGUCAGCGUGGUCAGCUGCUCGGUGCGCUCCAAGAGCUUGUUUCCCGUGGUGAAGGAGAUGCCCUUCAUCCUGGAGGAGUGCUCCGUCCAGCUCUGCCGCAACAGCGCGCGUGUCAGCUUCUCCCUGGCCCACCUCAAGGAGCUGGCCUCCACCACCUGGGAGCUCGAGUGCUCGGUGGCUCUCUGCUUCUCAAAGCAUUGCGCCGACGGAGGUCGAGUGAGGAGGAACCUGGAAGUCGCCCCGCACAACACUCCAACACCGACAGAGCGGUGCUUUGACUUUGGCCUUCCAGCUGUGCUGGGAAUUGCGUUCGGAGGCUUCCUGAUUGGGGCUCUUCUUAUCGGCGCGCUGUGGUUCAUCAAGAUCAAAACAGGGUAUCCUACUCGUCUGGAUGUGAGCUCCACUGCUGCCAAUCUCACAGGUUGCCCCUGCUCGCUGACCAAACGCCCACCGGUGUCCACCAACCCCUCCCCAUCCGAGAACAGCAGCGCCAACGCCAGCAUAGGCAGCACCCAGAGCACACCCACCAGCAGCAUGGCGUGAGAGCCCCAUCUCCCCCCCCCCCCCC